GGAGUUUCAAGGGGUAAGACAAGCAAAGACCCGGCAAGCCGGGGCCAAAGAUCCACGGCCACCACACCCAUCGACUUCGGCUUCGGCUUUUCAUGGAGCUGGCCUUGGCGGUUCUCGGGGAGGAGUCGGGCAGCUUGCUGGCGCAGGUCUGGGGCUUCCUGGGCGCCUGGGAGCUGCUGCGUCUGGGCCGCGCCUCGGCGGAGCUCUGGGGCCGCGCCUUGGAGGCGCUGCCGCGGCGCCUGCCGCGGCCCUCGCCGCUGCCGCUGCUCAACCUGCAGGAGCGGGGCGCGGCGCUGCGGCGGCUACCGGUGCUGGAGGGCGCCUUCCUCUUCGAGAACUUCUCGGCCUGGGACCCGGCGUCGCUCCAAGUUGGCGCCGAGCGCGCCCCCGCCUUCGGCGGAGCGAGCGGCUCCGGCGGAGGCGGGCGGUGGCGCCUGGGGCCCGGCACGGAGCAGCCGCCGAGCUUGGCGCGGGAGGCCAACGGGGACCCGGAGGCGCUGGGGCACUGGUGCGUAAGGAUGGCCAACGAGGACCCCCUCACGGACCUGGGCCCCAGCGGCUUGGUCUUCACGCUGGGCUGGGCGCGGCCCAGGGAGGUGUCCUACCGCUGCAAGGCGGAGGCCGCCAAGGCCUUCAGAGCCGGGGCGGUGCUGGCGCUGGCGCAGGGACUGGGCAAUGACAAGGGUCCUGAAAGGCCCGCGGUGCUCAUGAGCUUCGUGAGAGACGGGAACAGCCGGGAGGUGCUGGGUGCCCGGAACUCUUGGACGGAGCCGCUGGGCGCCUGGGAGGAUGGCCAGUGGCUGGCGCUCGCUCUGCGCCUCGACUGGGCGUCCAAGACGCUGCGGCUGCGGCUCGGGGGCGGCGAGGAGAAGACUUUGCCCUUCGCGGACGAGAAGUGCGAGGCGGUGAGGUACCUCGUGCUGUACAACCACACAGGCGACUUCGUGGCCUUCUUCACCGACCUCCUCAUCACCUGAGCGCGGGCCUGCGCCCGCGAGGUCAGGGAAUCCCGUCCAGCGCCAGGUCUCCGGCCUGUGGCUUUUUCCUUGGUCCCAAUGUUAACUAAGAAUAAGUCAACC